GUUGUGCUGCUGGGUGUGUUGGUGCUCCUGGGAGGGGUUAUGAUUACACUGCAGUACCCGUGACUCGUAAUGUAGACUGUAGUCACACCCCGGGUGAGAGACAGGUGUUCGGGCUGGGUGCACAUGCCGUCAGUGAGUCGAGGAGCGCCGAUGGCAUUAUCUCGUGAGCUGUGCGCUCACCGGCAGCUCGACGGGCGCUGCAGCAUGCACAAUGCUUUCGGCUGUCGUACGGACUCUAACGUUACCUUCAGGAUCACGUAGAGGCGACCCGGGUGUUGCGCAGCCCAGCUUGUGAUUGAUCAGCGUGGUUAUUAUGGCUUCAAGCUCCGGGAAGAUGAACCAGACCCCCGGCGGCAGCGGUGCAUGUAACGGGACCGCUAUUGCGGAUAUCCCCAGUGUGAAUGUAGAGCAUGAACUGUUUGAUUAUCAAAUGCACAGGAAAAUGUGCAAGAAAAUAGCGCAGCUGACAAAGGUGAUAUAUUCCUUAAACACUAAGAAUGAGGAGCAAGAGGCAACUCUGCAGUCGCUUCGCCGUGUUGCCACGGAGACGCAGGGCAGCCUCCAGCCAACCACAGGUCAGGAUGAGGAAGAAGAGGAGUCAGCAUCUAUUCUGAGGACACGCCUUCUAGAGCUGCAGGCCACUGUAGAGGAAGUGGAGGAGCGUGGACAGAGGGCUGAAAUUGAGUGUGUGGAGCGCAUAGCUGUGUUAACCCAAGAGACGUCAGAUCUGCGCAGAGACUACCAGAAUCUGCAGACAGAGAGAGACAACCAACACAAAUUACUACAACAAACACAGGAAGAAAACAAGCGCCUAGAGAGCGAGUGCCAAGAGCUACGCAGAGCCAGAGAUGAAGAGAGAAAGCGAGAGGAGGAGGAGAAGAUGCAUAGAGUGGAGGAGGAGAGGAAGAGACAGUCACAGGAGAGAAAAAGACUAGAGGAGGAGUGUGAAGAAAGGCUGAAAGCCGUGAGAAAGGAGCUUCAGGCUUGCAGGGAGGAGAAGGAGAGAGCGGAGAAGGAAUGGAAGAGAGAUGUGGAGGAGUGGAAGAGGAGAAUGAAGGAGAUGGAAGAAGAGAAGAGGGAGGAGCAAAAGGCAGCUGAGAAGACACUACAAAAGAGCCUCAAUGAACACAUCAACCAAUGGCACCAGAGAGAGCAAGAAAACCGCAAGUCCCAGAAUGCAACACUUCAGCAGAGGCUGAGAAAAGCCGAGACAGACUUGGAGGUUCAAGAACAGAGGCUGAAUGAGAGCAACAGACACUGCAGCAAACUUCAGGAGAGAGUAGAGGAGCUGGAGGAGCAGUUGGAGGAUGGGCGUCGCCAGGUGGCUGAGGCUGAGGGUGUGGCGAAGAAGGCAGACGAGGAGUUAGCUGUAGCCAAAGAGCGAUUAUUACUGCAAGAAAAUGAGCUACAGAGCAAGUCAGAUGAGUUAAUGAGUCAGAGUUCAUCUCAGGUGAGGGUCUCUGCUGAAGUGAAAGAGCUGAGGUCUCAACUCAGUCGUCUCAACAUUAGAAACAAAGAGCUGGAGCUUCAGAACAGCGGCCGGUCCAAUGAUCACGCCCGCAUGCUCAAACAGCAUGCAGAUGCUCUAUCCUCUAUGCGUCUGGAGCUGCAGCGUGCUCACACUGAGGAGAUCAGGCGCCUUCAGCAGGAGGUGGAGAACGAAAUAAAGAAUGACAGACAGGAACUGGAAGAAGAGAAGAAACAGGUGCAGCAGAAGAUGGAAGAAGAGAAAGUGAGGCUGAAAGAACAGCUUCGGAAAGCACUGGAAGAAGUGAUACGCAAACACGCCAGUGAGCUGCGGCAUGCACACGCAAUGCUGGACGCAGAGAAGAAGACGACGCAACAGGUUGAGGAGCAGAUGAAAACCAGAGAAGAAGAGAGAAAGGCUUUAGAGACAGAGAGGGAAGAGCUACGCAACCAACUACAGCUGUCCAACAGAGAGAUGGCGAAAUUGGAGGAGGUUAUUCAGACGCUGGAGAGAGAACGAGAAGAGGAGAAGGAAAGGGCAAAAGAGCGAGAGCAGGAGUGCGCAGAGGUGAAGCGGCAGACAGCAUGUGGCCCGGAGUGUGUUCGAGUGAGAGAAGAACUGGAAAACACACGCAGCAGCAUGCAGCAAAUACAGGAGGAGUUUGCUGCAAAGAAGGAAGUGUUACAGGCAGAGAUUUCUGCUCUACAGCAAGAGAGAGACAUUCUACAACAGUCCAAUCACAGUGUAGAGGAGAGGAUCAGGCUACAGUUUGAGAAGCAGUUCUCUGAUCAGAUCAUGGAACUGAAGAGAGAAAGAGAGGAAGAGAUCAGAAAGAUGAACCAACAGUGGCAACACAGAGUAGAAGAACUGCAGACACAGUUGGAGGAGAGGAGAGCACUCUCAGAGAAGAUGGAAGGAGAGAGAUGUUAUGGUAAUGGAGAGAUAAAGCAAAUGAAGCAGGAGAUCCAGAAGACGAGAGAUAUGAACAGCUCGCUCAGAUCUCAGCUUCACUCCACCAUUCAGGAGAAAGAGAGACUGAUGAGGCAGCAGCUACAGGUGGUAAAAGAGGAAGAUGAGGGCGAGGAGGAUGGAAGGGCUGCGGGAGAGAGGGAAGAGGAGAGGGAAAAGCGGGGGUGGCGUGAGCGAGAGGAGGAAAGGUUAAAUCACCAGCGUGCUCUUCAGGCCCUGGAAGCACAAGCCCAUGAGGAACUUCAGUCGGAAAGACAGCGCUUGCUCACACAGCACAAACUACAGCUGGACAAGCAGAAGGCAGAGCUGACCCAGCAGCACACUGAGUGGGUGAGACAGGUCACCCAGAGACACAUGCAGCAGAUCGAGGACCUUCAGAACGAAAUACACACAUACACACAAAUGAUGGCCUUGCAGCAGGAUCUGAAGCAGCAAAACCGCUUACAGUCACUAGAGAGACAGCUGGAUGAGAAGAGCAGCGAGGUUCAGGAGCUAAAAAGAGAGAACGAAGAUCUGAAAGAACGCAUGAGUGCAAAAAGCGCACAGAGAGAAGAACCAGAUGACCACAAACAUAAACACGAGAGUUUCUCGGAGGAACAAGAUGAGGCGGGUGAAGCGGUUGGGUCGGAUCACAGGAAUAACAUGGAGAGUGUGAAGAGAGAGCACAGAAUGGAGAUCCAGACCAUAAUAUCAGACUUCAGCACCGCCCAAACACGACUACAGGCCCGCAUAGUUGCCUUGGAAACAGAGUUAAGAGAAAGGGAAGAAAGGGGAAAGAGAAGAGUAGAAAACCUACACACCAUUGCUAAACUACAGGACAAGCUAAGCGAGAGAGACCAACUCAUCAAAAGUCUAGUGGAGGACCUCCACCAGCUGUCCCAGCAUCCACCUCUGUGCAGCGACGAAAUAUUGAAGCCUUAUGACUCUAGGACACAAGCAGGGACCCUCACGCCUACUAUGAAGAAAAAGGGGGUUGAAGAAACUAGCAUCCCGAACCUCUGCUCAUACGAUGGGGGGUCACCCAAGGCUAAAUGUUCACCGGUUAUGGAGCGUGGAUUACCCAGUCUGGAGCAGAGCGGGCGAGGCACCACCCUAACAAGGACACCCCCCCCCACCCCCCCUCAUGCUGAACACAGAGCCUCUAUCAGACACAACUGUCCACCUUCACAAGAGGUGCGACAUCAGCCGCAGCUUAAAAUCAGCUACAGCCAGCACAUCAGGACUCCUGCUGAGCAGAGGGUUAUUGAAACAGGGUCUGAUGGACAAGACCCUCAAAAGCAGGAGUGGUUCACCAAAUACUUCUCUUUCUGAGGUCCCACAAACCUUCGGCCAUAUCUGUCCCAACAUUUUGAGAACAAGCUCACCAAAGUCUCCUUUUUCUGCAUAAUUACACUCAACUGCAAGCUAACACCAAAUAAGCUUUUCUACAGGAUGCAUCUCAAUUUUAUCCUGUUGAACGAGCGGCAGCACACAGGUUCAGUGUCUUAAAAUGUCACAAAAAAUGAAAUGAGAUUAUGCAUUAAACCAUGAAGAACUCAUCAGAACGAUGAAGGACAACGGGACACUAAUGUCAUAGUGGGUGGGCAUGGAGGUGACUUCAAAUGUGGUGUGAAAUGCUAACUUUUCUUAAAAAAAAAACUGUAACUAUCUCAAUAUAAUUCAUGUAUAUCAAUAAAUUACAUAUUUUUGUUUUUUUAAA